AUGGAUUCCAAAAACGUUUUCCUCAUCCUUGGUCUAUUGGCCAUGGUUCUUCUUAUUUCAUCAGAGGUGUCAGCUAGGGAAUUAACUGAGGAGGCUGUUGAAAAGGCGAAUGAAGUAAACGAUGCCAAAUAUGGAGGUUACGGCCGUGGUGGUUACCAUAAUGGAGGUGGUUACCACAAUGGAGGUGGAUACAAUGGCGGUGGCGGUUACCACAAUGGUGGAGGUGGUUACAAUGGCGGUGGCGGUUACCAUAAUGGUGGAGGUGGUUACAAAGGUGGUGGUUACCAUAAUGGUGGUGGUGGUUACCAUGGUGGAGGUGGACAUGGUGGACAUGGUGGUGCUUCCAACAACGGUAACUGA